CAGUUUUGUAAUGUCAAUAUUGUCAUAUUUGUAAUGUGUUUUUUUUUUACAUUUGUUAUGGUUAAGAUUUACUGAUAAUAAAAUAAACACUUUCCAUUUUCUUCUAACAUAAUAAUGUCAUUUAACGUUGAUUGGGAUGUUGAUAAAUAUAAAGAAGACCAUGAGAAUGACGAGCAAUGGAAUUUACGAAAGGCAUUCAUGGAACGGUGGAAACACGAUUAUCCCGAAGAAAGACUUAUCUGUCUUUCCCGGGUGUUAACUAAUAUGGAGUUCCUGGGAUGUCGAUAUCCUCCAGAAGUAAUGCACGAGGUCGCAGGUCUUUCACAAGAGAUAGCAAAAUCCUAUAGAAUGUCAAAGAAAACUAAAUUACAAAGGGCAUUUGUAUCAGCAUCCACAAUGGCUGAAGAUAGAGCAAAAGGUAUCAAACGUGUAAGAGGUGUCAUAGAAGAUAGAAGUCCUGCAAAAUCAGCUAAAAUUGAAUUUGUACCAGCUAGCAAAGAAAGAGAUGAAUGUACACCAAAAGAAAAAGAAGGAAUGAUAAAUUCAGAAAAUAAAAGUAGAAUUGACUUUGUACCAAUGGGUAAAGCAAGUUUUACAUCACCAGUCCCUGAUGAUUCUGGAAAAGAUUACCAAAGUGACAAAGAAAUACCUGAAAAAGAAAGUAUAAUUUCAAAGACAAUUGACAGAAAUUAUUAUUUGGGAGAUAUGAUGGCAUUGAAAUGUUUGGAUGUAAGGUAUUUUAAAGAGCCCAUGUUUCAUACAGAAUAUGGGAGAAUGGUUAUGUUAAUACGGCCCUGGGCAGACAAAUUAUGGAACAUACAAGCUAGUUGCCAGGCUUGCAAUAUUCCUGUAAAUAUUUUAUAUGAAGACUAUUGGUGUACUCUGAAGAUAAACGGGAAAGUGGUGGCACGUGCCAAGGAUUACGUUAAAAGUGAAGCCAAACUGGCUGUGGGGAAGACAGCAUGGAAAGUAUUACGUGAGCAAAUGGUGUGUUUACUGGUCAAAGAACAAUGGAUAGCCCACGGCGACUCCCGUAUCAGUGUGAGCGAGGUGUCCGCACGCACCGCGGCAGAGGACGCGUUUGGCACACCUGUCGAGAACAAUGUCGCUAUGAAAAUGAUGCAAAUGAUGGGCUGGAAGGGCGGUGGCCUGGGUGCCGAUGCGCAGGGUAUAGCAGAACCAAUCAGACCAAAUCUGCAAAUGGUGAACCGUGCAGGUCUGGGCAGCAACUCUACGGACGAGCGCCAGCUGCGUCGCGCUGCGCACGCGCUGAUGCGGCGCUACAUCGCGUCAGACACGCUGGACCUGGACCUGGUGUUCAGCAGCGACUUCAGCAAGGAGGAGCGCGCCGUGCUGCACGUGUGCGCCAAGCGCGCCGGCCUCACCUCGCGCAGCUACGGCGAGAAGGAUAAGGACAGAUUUCUAGUGGUUAGAAAAAAGCUGGAUCCAUUUUCACUAGUACGCGCUGUCGUGGAAAAGGGUGGCGUCACACCAAAAUAUCAAGUUUUUAUACCAGAGGCACUCAACAGUAAUAAUUAAAUAUGAAUGACUGAAUAAGUUAAGGAACUAUUUUGUUUUGGGUAUAUAAUACUCAAGAAUAAAUACAAUUUACAGUCAUA